GUGUCUAGUUUGAUGACAUCCAUAUUAUUGUGUAAUGUGUUGUUUCUAUACUUUCAUAAACAGUGAACUUUUCUAAAUGCUGACAGAAGCAUAAAGUAUAUUUGACAAUCAACUGAUUCUGCUGCACUCCAUAAAAUGGCAGCUAGAAAUCUUUACUCUUUACGAAGGAUAAACAGAGUUCUACGCAAUGUGGGCAAACGGUGGUACAGUGUCAAAGCAGAAAACACAUCAGGUUUCUCGUUUGAUAUGUCAGAAGAGUUGACAGCGUUAAGAGACCUGGCAAGAAAAUUUUCUCGUGAAGAAAUAUUACCCGUGGCAGCAGAACUUGAUAGAAAAGGAGAGUAUCCAUGGGAAAUCAUAAAAAAAGCACAUUCAUUAGGCUUGAUGAACACACAUAUUCCUGAAGAAUAUGGUGGAUUGAAUCUUGGGUCAACAGAAAGUUGUUUGAUUACUGAGGAGAUAGCUUAUGCUUGCACUGGAGUUCAAACUGCUAUGGAAGCAAAUGGCUUAGCUGAAGCUCCAGUCAUUCUUGCAGGAAACCAUGAACAAAAGAAGAAAUACUUAUCUAAGAUGAUUGAAGAACCCCUGAUUGCUGCAUAUUGUGUUACUGAACCUGUUGCAGGCUCAGAUGUUGCAGGUAUUCAAACCAAGGCUGAAAAGAAAGGAGAUCAUUAUGUUUUAAAUGGAUCAAAAAUGUGGAUCACCAAUGGUGGGCAUGCAAAUUGGUAUUUCGUACUUGCAAAAACUGAUCCUACUGCUAAAACUGGAAAGGCAUUCUCAGGCUUUAUAGUAGAUCGUGACACGCCAGGAGUUUCAGUUGGUAGAAAGGAAUGGAACAUGGGUCAAAGAGCUUCAGAUACACGAGCUGUUAAUUUCGAAGAUGUUCUUGUACCUAAAGAGAAUUUGCUAGGUGAGGAAGGCCUUGGUUUCAAGAUUGCAAUGGGUGCAUUUGAUAGGACAAGACCUCCAGUUGCAUCUGGUGCUGUGGGACUUGCUCAAAGAGCAUUUGAAGAAGCGACCAAGUAUGCAAUGGAAAGAAAGACUAUGGGAAAAUCUAUUGCUAUGCAUCAGGCCAUUCAAUUUAUAUUGGCUGAUAUGGCCAUUGGAAUUGAAUCUGCAAGAUUAGUUACUCUCAAGGCUGCUUGUCUAAUAGAUAAGGGAAUCAAGAAUACAUACUACGCUUCUAUUGCAAAAUGUUUAGCUGGUGAUGUUGCUAACAAAUGUGCUUCUGAUGCUGUGCAAGUAUUUGGAGGCAAUGGUUUCAAUUCUGAUUAUCCAGUUGAGAAAUUAAUGAGAGAUGCCAAAAUUUUCCAGAUUUACGAGGGCACAGCACAGAUUCAAAGAAUGAUUAUCAGCCGUGAACUCUUUGACCAGGCUUCAAAAGGAAUGUGAAUAUUUAUGUAGUAUAAUCCACCAAGUACACAGAAUUUGCAUAGAACUGUUUAUAUAAUAAAAUUUCACCAUAUUCAUUAUUGUACCAAUCUUACAAUAGCAUGGCCAUUACGUAAUAUAUUAAUUACUUUGAAUUUUUUUAAUUUUAAAACAUUUUUGCAUGUUUUCUAUGUAUAUUAAAUAAUUUCUUCUGGGACAUAGCUCAUAGACAUUUGAGCUAUAUUAAUAUGAUUACCAGUGACAAA